AUGUGUAGAGAUGAGUUGGACAAACUCUGGUUACUCUACCUGUUCUGCAGCAGACAUGCCAAAAGGGGGGAAGAAGAAGACGGAGCCAGUACAGGGUAUACCGAGUAUACCCACGGUCGGCAGACACCGAUCAAUGGAAGGUUUGUUUUUGUGUUCGAUCAAUUGAUUGCUGAGACAAGUGAGGGAGGAAUUCCUCUCUCCACAAUCGCACGGCUGAAGAAAUGCUGCGGGCGAGACAAAGAGAGGGGCAGGAAUGAAUGGAUCGGAGAAUUCUGUGGCAUGUGUCUGACCAGUGGUGCGCUGGUGCAUUCCGAGAUGAUCGCAGGAUUCAUUGGUUCAGAGGGGACGAGAGUUAUCUGCGGCUGCUUCAGAAGCGAGUCGCAGCGUCUCCUUGUGUAUCUUUUUUUGUGUAGUAUAACGUGA